GGGCAGGCUGGACUGUCCAGUAUGUAAAGCUAAAAACCGUAUAAGACUGGACAAGCACUUGGAAAAUGUCCACUGUGAGAUUGAGAAAUCAGAUCAGAAGAAAGUAAUGAGGACAGCGAAACGAUUGGCUAAUCUGAAAGCCCUCAAAGCUCUCAGACGUUCAAAUCCACAGCCUCCAAUGGUGACCUCACUGGACAUAGAGCAGCUGACUGAAAGCAGUGAUCAAGAUGAGCGAAGUGAUAGCAGUGAUACUAGUGAAAAAUCUGCAGAGAUUAGAGAAGACAGCUCAGUCCAUUCCCCUGUCAAUCAGUCAGAUGAUGCUCAAGUCCAACAUCAGACUUGCAAAAACUGCAAAGAACUGCAUUUGAAACUACAACAACUGAAAAGUAAACUGAAAAAACUGAAAUCCACUAAGGAUAAACCUGGCCUCAAACCCCUCAACCCCCCAAAGCGCCAGAAAUUUGAAAGACAUAAACCUGACCCAACAGCCCGGCUUCCUAAAUUUGAGAAAGUCCUGAAUGCUUGGUUUCAGCACAUUUGUGGAACAAGUAAAAAGGACGUCGAAAACGCCAAACAACGGGUCCAAUAUGUCCGUGCCUGGGCAUAUUUCAUGUCUCACAAUCAAGUCCCUGCAAUGACGUUUGCAUUUCUUGACAACAGAGAAAGACUGACUGAAUGGACAACUUAUCUGAAUAAACAUGCCGUGACAACCAAAAGGAUUCAGAUUGGAAAUGUGAGGGCGUUCUUGAAAUUUCUAAUUGAUGCACAACUGCCAGAGGUCAGAGCCUCCCGUAAGGUUUUAAAGGGGACUUUAUUUGCACUUCAGUCGGAAAUGAAGAAGAGCAGAAGGGAGUUACACACCCACAGGCAAGACAUCCAAAUCAAAAAAUCAUGUAAGAUCCAACUUUACUACUUAUUCAUCACUGUCGCUACCUAG